AUGGAGCCGCUUUAUAAAGAUUGCUGGUACGAUAAUGGCAUCUACCAUGCCAUAACGUGCUCUACUCUUCAACUUCAGGCCGAUUCGCCUCUUCUAGGCUCUUCUUUGGCUUUUUGGAACAGUGCUUCCAACACUUUUGAUUUCGGAGUUGGUCCCAUGUCGAUUUCUAUUCUUAACCUUGCAAUGAUUUUCGGAUUUCGUCUUUCGGGCCUGAUUGGUUUUACCCAGGCCUUUGGUGCUUUUAUGGGUGCAUUUAUGAAUCGAGCGGUGGAUUACCCUCAUGGUGAACACAUAAUGUUCCUGAUGUACUGGCUGAAUCGAUUCAUCUUUCCUAGCGCUUCCAACUGCAUUACAAUGGAAUGGCUUCAUCUGGCCAAGAGCUUGGUGUCUUAUCGGGAUAUUGCUACUGGUCCCUUGAUUUUGGGUUCCAUUUAUAGGGCUUUGAGAGAAGCAACCAUUGUUCCCAUCAACCUCAAUGUGAAGGGACCCUUGUGUAUGGUGCAAAUUUGGUUGCAGUGGACUUUCCCGGAAUUAAGAGAUUGA